CGAACCCGCCCGAUCCGCGGUGGAGCUCUGCGGGGCGGGGAAGGGAAAGAGGAAGGGGGAAGAGAGCGGGAGUGGGAGUGGGAAAGGCCAGGGAUUGAGAGGCCGCCGGGACGCCGCAAGGAGGCGGGGAAUCGGCUCGGCCCGCGCCCGGCCGCUGCCGGGCCGGCUGCAGGUGGAGUUCGCGGAGGUGGCCAUUUCCACAGCCGCCGCCGACGCCUCCUCUUCGGGAGCCGCCUUCCCCCCGGCCCGAGGGCGGUGGCGUGGGGCCGGGUGCCCGCGUUCUGGGGCGCCGGGGCCGCAGCUCGCCGGCCAUCCCGCGGCUGCGCCCCGCGCUUCGCCCAUGGCUGAGGGCCGGCGGCGGGAGGACGAGGAGGAAGAGCUACGCGAGCGCCGCGAGCUUGGUGGCCAGCGCCGCGCCCGGGGCCGUGCGCUCUCGGGCCACUCGGCCGCAGAUCGCAACGAACGAAAUAAACCAGAACACCGUUCUUCAAGCCAAGGACCCUUGUCAUCCAUUAGAGCGGUAAUCAAGAGAUCUUCUCGGACUUCUAUUCAGAGUGAACUUCAUCGAGACAGAAGGCGCCCAGAGAUCACCAUUGUGGCAGCUGAGCCGCUGAGGCCAGCCUCGUGGUUUCCAGGAACCCCACCCCCAGGAUUGGGAUUUCCUACACCAUCUGCAGCUGGCUCUUGGAGGCCUAAUGAGCUGGUUCCUGCUGAGCUCCCACCAUCUUAUGAACAAGUUAUAAAAGAAAUCAACCAAGUUCAAGUUAAUACUACAAAUAAUAAUAAUGCUGCUGCUACUCCAAGGCACACUAUUACUUCUGCAACUCAGACUGACUUUUCAGAAGUAGACAACGAUCUGCCUCAAAGUAAUGCAACACUACAGGCACCUCUCAAGCCUCUUCAGCCUUUCCCAACAGUCUCAUCUGGCAAUCUUCCAACGAAUGUGGCACCUUUAAUAGUCUUUGAUAUUUCUGAAGAACAGAAUUGUCCAGAAAACCCCAGUGCUACAAGAUGUCCAGUGCCAAAACCAAGAUCAAAAAGCAACCUCAGACCAAUACCCAGAGAUUCUCACAGUAAAGAGCAAAGUCACCAGAAAAUCAGCCCAGCAGCCAUAGGAGAGGAGUCAUCCCCAGGCCGGCCCCAGUCUCUGCUGGACAACGCUAGCACCUCAGACAGUCAGACAGUGAUGAACAUUAUGAACACGGAACAAAGCCAAAAUAGUAUUGUUUCCAGAAUUAAAGUGUUUGAGGGUCAGGCAAAUAUAGAAACCUCAGGACUGCCCAAGAAACCAGAAAUUACUCCACGUUCACUUCCUCCAAAGCCUACUGUUUCCUCAGGGAAACCUUCUGUAGCUCCCAAACCAGCUGCUAGCAGAGCUUCUGGAGAGUGGGACUCUGGGACUGAGAACAGACUCAAGGUGACCUCCAAGGAAGGACUCACCCCAUGCCCUCCCCUGCAAGAAGCAGGAAGCAUCCCAGUAACCAAACCUGAAUUGCCAAAGAAACCAAACCCUGGCCUUAUACGAAGUGUUAAUCCUGAGAUUCCGGGAAGAGGGCCCCUGGCUGAGAGCUCUGACAGUGGGAAGAAAGUGCCAACUCCUGCCCCACGGCCUUUGCUGCUGAAGAAAUCUGUUUCCUCAGAAAAUCCCACUGACCCUUCAGCUCCACUGAAACCUGUCACUGUUCCUCCCCGACUCACAGGGGCAUCACAAGCCAAAGCAUACAAGUCACUGGGAGAAGGGCCCCCAGCCAACCCCCCAGUUCCAGUUCUGCAGAGCAAGCCCUUGGGGGACAUCGAUCUCAUCAGCUUUGAUGAUGAUGUUUUGCCCACCCCAUCGGGGAACCUGGCUGAAGAAUCUGUUGGUUCAGAGAUGGUUCUAGAUCCCUUUCAGCUCCCUGCAAAAACAGAACCAAUGAAAGAACGAGCAGUUCAACCAGCACCCACCAGGAAGCCCACUGUAAUUCGGAUUCCAGCCAAACCAGGAAAAUGUUUACAUGAGGAUCCACAAAGCCCACCUCCUCUCCCUGCUGAAAAACCUAUUGGAAACACUUUCAGUACAAUAUCUGGAAAACUCAGUAAUGUUGACAGAACUAGAAACUUGGAAUCCAACCACCCGGGUCAAACAGGAGGUUUUGUGCGAGGACCCCCAAGGUUGCCACCGAGACCUGUGAAUGGAAAAACCAUUCCAACUCAACAGCCUCCAACCAAGGUGCCCCCUGAGAGACCACCUCCCCCAAAGCUUUCUGCAACCAGAAGAUCUAAUAAGAAACUGCCUUUUAAUCGAUCCUCUUCUGACAUGGAUCUUCAGAAAAAACAAAGUAACUUGGCAACUGGACUCUCAAAAGCCAAGAGUCAAGUUUUUAAAAAUCAAGAUCUGGUGCUACCCCCUCGCCCCAAACCAGGACACCCUCUCUACAGUAAAUACAUGCUGUCUGUGCCUCAUGGAAUUGCCAAUGAAGAUAUUGUCUCACAAAACCCUGGAGAACUCUCUUGUAAGCGUGGGGAUGUACUUGUGAUGCUGAAGCAGACGGAAGAUAAUUACUUGGAGUGCCAAAAGGGAGAAGACACUGGCAGAGUUCACCUGUCUCAAAUGAAGAUUAUCACUCCACUUGAUGAACAUCUUAGAAGCAGACCACACGAUCCAAGCCACACUCAGAAGCCUGUUGACAGUGGUGCUCCUCAUGCUGUCGUUCUUCAUGAUUUCCCAGCAGAGCAAGUUGAUGAUUUGAACCUCACUUCUGGAGAAAUUGUUUAUCUUCUGGAGAAGAUAGAUACAGACUGGUACAGAGGGAACUGUAGAAACCAGAUUGGCAUAUUUCCUGCCAACUAUGUCAAAGUGAUUAUUGAUAUUCCAGAAGGAGGAAAUGGGAAAAGAGAAUCUGUUUCAUCUCAUUGUGUUAAAGGCUCAAGAUGUGUUGCUCGGUUUGAAUACAUUGGAGAGCAGAAGGAUGAGUUGAGUUUCUCAGAGGGAGAAAUUAUUAUUCUUAAAGAGUACGUGAAUGAGGAAUGGGCCAGAGGAGAAGUUCGAGGCAGAACUGGGAUUUUCCCCCUGAACUUUGUGGAGCCUGUUGAGGAUUAUCCCACCUCUGGUGCAAAUGUUUUAAGCACAAAGGUACCACUGAAAACCAAAAAAGAAGAUUCUGGCUCAAACUCUCAGGUUAACAGUCUUUCUGCAGAAUGGUGUGAAGCUCUUCACAGUUUUACAGCAGAAACCAGUGAUGACUUAUCCUUCAAGAGGGGAGACCGGAUCCAGAUUCUGGAACGUCUAGAUUCUGACUGGUGCAGGGGCAGACUGCAGGACAGGGAGGGGAUCUUCCCAGCAGUGUUUGUGAGGCCCUGCCCAGCUGAGGCAAAAAGUAUGUCGGCCAUAGUACCGAAGGGGAGGAAGGCCAAAGCCUUAUAUGAUUUCCGAGGAGAGAAUGAAGAUGAGCUUUCCUUCAAGGCUGGAGAUAUAAUAACAGAGCUGGAAUCUGUAGAUGAUGACUGGAUGAGUGGAGAACUAAUGGGAAAAUCUGGAAUAUUUCCCAAAAACUACAUACAGUUUCUACAGAUCAGCUAGAGGAGAAGCUUGACUGUGUUCCUUGGCACAAGAACUCACUUGAACUAUCACCUUGACUAUCAGAUAUGUUUUUGCACUAUUUUUUUUUAACUGAAAAAGAAAUAUCUAAGCCGUACAUGGUACACUAGAAUUUUCUGAAAGCAGAAAAUGUCUAGAUUUUGUAGAUAGUUUUCAUUACAAUAGAAACAUGCACAUGGAAACCCAUGAGCUAGGGUUCUACCGAGGAAAACAUCUAGUGGGAUUAGCAAGGCGAAGGGAAAGCAUCUGGUGGCAUGCAUGGCAGCAUGGGGAGGCUCACAUGCAGAAGUUGCACGUGGACAUCUGUUUUAAUCAGCACAAGUGAAUUAACCAUGCUUCUUCAUUUUUUUUACUUUAGUUUAAAAAGAGAACAUUUAAUAGUCUACAUGCUGUAACUAUCAAGACAUGGUUAGCAAUCUAAAUUUCAUUUUUGAUAUUCAAAUUAAUUCUUACAACUUGAGCAUAUCAACCUUAUUACCAGAGCAAAUCCUUCCUUCAGGUGGGAGUUUACCAACUAGUUGGAGCAUUUGUAAGCACAUGGUGAAAUCAGCCCCUGCCCACCAAAAUAAUCCUUAUGUUACAAAGUGAUUCCCAUUUGUCUAAGGAUUUGAAGGGGGUCUAAAUUGGAUGUAUCUUACUUAGUCUAAAGAACCAAAACCAUCCCUGAAAUGCCUUGCUAAUACAACUAAUCCUUCCAUAUAUAUGCCAUACUUAUUUUUUUCCUCAGUGUAUACUUUAUGUUAACAGGGUUAUUACAAAGCACAUUUUCUGAAUCUGCAAUCAUUCCUUUGACAAUUACUGGACCCAAAGGAAAAUUCAUUUUCUUUGCAUUAUUUCAGUAAUAUAUAAAAACUGUGUCUUGUUAUAGUAGUACAUUAUGAAUCACAUAUAAAAUCUUAGAAUACAGAACAACUGUUAAGAUGGAAAACAGUGCCAAACCUCCACAGCUCAUUUCUUUGUGAUAUAAUCAGAAUGAAAAAUAAGAGGACAGAAGACUGGUACUUUUUUGUUUUAUUUUUUCCCUAGCUCAUCCCUGCACAAUUAUUAGAGUAAAUGAAAAACCAUUUUCCUGCUUUCCAUUGUUAUAAAUUCUAAGCUUAAGAUAAAAGUGGUUCUUUACAUGACUGAAUCAAUUACAGUUUAUGGACUAGAGCCAAAUAGGUUGAAGACAAUCUUCCAAACAGAUCAAUGGAAUAGAAUUUCAUUGGAAAUGUGAAACAUUUUCCCAACGAUGUUCAUGACCUUCUUCUGUUUUUGAGAAGAGUUUCAUAUGCUGGACCACAUUUUAGCUUUUAUUGUUUUUUUUUCCCCAUUGUCCAAAAAGUUAGGCAACCAAUGACCACACUUUUACAUGAAUACCACCUGGAGUUCUGCAAAGAAGAUAUUUACUUGGUCUUUGACUAAAGUUAUCUCCCCAUUCUGUGGUGACAUUUUAUUUUGGACUAUGGGGACUUCUAAUACGUUUUGGUAAAGAAGAGAGUAUAAAGAAAAUUCUUGUCAAAUUUCACUCAAAAGUAAUUUCAUGAGAAAUCAAUUAUUUAAAGCAUUAUCCAAAUUAAAUUAUCAUUUGCAGAAGACUGUACAACAGCAGGAAGGAUAUGGACUGGAACAUGAGGUAUAUAUCUUUGCCUUUAUAAUUUUAACAUCUUAUAUUGAAGAUUCUGAAAACCUAUCUUUAUUAGAGGAAAAUCUCCAUCUUAAAUUUUGGCCUCUGUCAGCAGAAUGAUAAGUGCAAUAGUUGUAAAUCUACUUGACACUGUAAUAAACUGAACUGAACUUUCAAAGUC